CUUUAGUAGGCGGCCAUGAGAAUUGAAACUCUCAAAAUUUCAUUUUUUAUCGAAUCUAUCAUCGAUAGAUUAUUAGCUAGCAAUAGCGAAGCAGUGGAACACAAGUCAUUGGUUUGCCAAAUUUUAGAUUUAACAAUCAAAGCCGAACAACUUCAGACAGUUACUAUGCUUCCGCCAAACAUUCGUGCUAAGAUCGAUGCAUUGAAACGAAUUCAGAUAGACUUGUUGAAUAAGGAAGCCGAAUUUCAUAAGCGUGUUUAUUCCAUGGAAACUGAUUUCCAAACAACUCUACUGGAAAUGUUCGACAAAAGACGACAAAUUGUGAACGGGUUUUAUUUACCUGAGCAUGAAGACACUUUGAAGGCAGAAGAUCACGAAAUAGCCACGGAUGAACAGGUUAAGGGAAUUCCGGAGUUCUGGCUGAGUGUUUUCAAAAUGGCUCCUAUUCUGAGCAGUCUCAUUCAUCCACACGACGAAGAUGUGUUAAAGCACCUGAUGGAUGUUCGUUCGAUUAUGAUCAAUGAACCGAAAGCUGGAUUUGUACUGGAGUUCGAGUUUGGACCAAACAAUAACUUCACCAAUAAAGUGCUUACCAAGCGAUACGAGAUGGAAUGUGUUCCCGAUGAGGAGAAGUUGGCAUCGUUCAAUGGAUUCGAAAUUUACGACACUGCCGGGUGUCACAUUGACUGGAAGGUGGGUGGUAAUUUGACCGUAACAGUUGAGAAUGGAACGGAGCGAGCCGUAGAUUCGUUCUUUAAUUUUUUCCGUCCGCAAAAGCUAGUUGGAAAUGCGGAUCCGUUGGUGUACAAGCAGUUUAUGGAAUAUGAUUUCGAAAUCGGGUAUUUCAUCAAAGAACGGGUUGUACCUCGUGCGGUUCUUUUCUACAGCGGAGAUUUCGUGAAUGUUGAAGAGGACUCGUUAGCUUACGUACUGGAUGAGCAAGGGCAGCAACUGUAAAUUCUGAUUAGUUAGCAAUAAAUUUUU